GGAGACGUCGCCAGUGCAUUGCCAUCGCUUCCCCGUAUCCACUGCCUCCGAAAAACAAACAAAAAUGCGCCGAGGGAAACGUGGGUCAAUCUUGCCGCCCGCCGUUUCCCCGCAGUUUCCCGGUGCCGGAGCCGAGCGAAGUCACCAAGAAGGAAGGGGCGUCACCUCGCUUGUCGCCUCUGAGCACAGUGAAGUUAGAUUGUCACCGAUCCGGUGCUACGCCACAGCACAGCCCUGCUGCCCGCGGCCACCAAGGUCAAAUCUGUUGCACCACAGUACAUCCUUCUUAGUUCUUACCGUCCUCCCCCUGAUCCAAACCCUCGUCGCCAAAUGCACGGUCACGGCACCGGCAGCCCGGACGGACACACCACCGCGCUCCCCGUUCGUCAACGCGCAGUCGCCUGAACUUUCUUGGCUCUCCCGCGGCAGCGACGGCUCUCAAACACCUUGGCUCUCCCCUCGUCCACCUCCACACACCACCCCAACCCCGAAGGCACACACGACGCGCGCGCGUCGGCCUCACCAGUCACCACACCACCCACCCAACUUCUGAGCUUCCUCCCUCGCCGGCGCGCGCACAGACGCGCCCACCGCGUGCGCUCCCCUCCUCGCCGAUGAAGCCGCGGGACCUGCUGGAGCGGAUCAGGCAUCCCUUCGGCUCGUCCCGCCGCGAGUCGGCGGCGUCGGCGCGGCGGGAGGAGGAGGACCUGGAGGCCAUCGCGGCGCGGGAGCAGCGCGCGUUCCGGUACGAGACGCUGGCGGCGGCCACGCGCAACUUCUCGGAGAAGCAGAAGCUCGGGCAGGGCGGCUUCGGGCCCGUGUACCGGGGCAGGCUCCCGGUCCCCGACGGCCGGGAGGUGGCCGUCAAGCGGCUCGGCGCCGGGUCCAGGCAGGGCGCGCGGGAGUUCAAGAACGAGGCCAACCUGCUGUCCCGCGUCCAGCACCGCAACGUCGUCAACCUGCUCGGCUACUGCGCCCACGGCGCCGACGAGAAGCUGCUCGUCUACGAGUACGUCCCCAACGAGAGCCUCGACAAGAUCCUCUUCUCCGCCGCCGCCCCGCCGCGCUCCGGCGGCAGCAGCAGCAGCGACGGCGACAGGCCAGUGCGCGCGGAGCUGACUUGGCCGCGGCGGCUGGAGGUGGUGGUGGGGGUGGCGCGGGGGCUGCUGUACCUGCACGAGGACGCGCACACGCCCAUCAUCCACCGCGACAUCAAGGCCAGCAACAUCCUCCUGGACGAACGGUGGGUGGCCAAGAUCGCCGACUUCGGCAUGGCCCGCCUCUUCCCGGAGGCCGGCGACGGCCGCUCGCACGUCCAGACCCGCGUCGCCGGCACCAACGGCUACAUGGCGCCCGAGUACCUCAUGCACGGCCACCUCUCCGCCAAGGCCGACGUCUUCAGCUUCGGCGUCCUCGUCCUCGAGAUCCUCUCCGGCCGCAAGAACUCCUCCUUCAUCCCGCCGCCCCGCUCCAGCGCCGACAACCUCCUCGAUUACGCGUGGAAGCUGUACAAGGAGGAGCGGAGCAUGGAGCUGCUGGACCCGUCGGUGAAGGCGACGGCCGCGCCGGAGCAGGUGCUCAUGUGCGUCCGCAUCGGGCUGCUGUGCGUGCAGGCGGACCCGCGGCUGCGGCCGGACAUGAAGCGCGUGGUGAUCAUCCUCUCCAAGAAGCAGAGCACGCUGGAGGAGCCGACGCGGCCCGGGGCGCCCGGGUCGCGCUACCGGAGGAGGGCGCACGGCCUGCGCAGCUCCUCGCAGUACUCCGACGGGUCGUCGUCGGGCACGACCCCCUCGACGUCGCAUGCGUCGGCGUCGGCAUCGGCGUCGGCGUCGGCGUCGAACGCGAUGACGACGUCGAGCACGCGCACCCUGAGGAGCCGCGGCCUCCCGUCGCACCGGGAAGAGCGGGAGCUGCCCAACGGCAGCUGAAGCCUGAGGCUGACUGUACAUAUGUCCAUUCUUUUUCUUCUUGUUUCUUUUCGUGCUUGCUUGGAGAUUCUAGAGUAGAUAGUAUGAUUAUUUUGGCAGUGGGUAGGGAGAAGUAGGAGGACUUGUUGUUCGUUACCGGAGGGAAAUUGACUGAACUGUCGGCCGAUCGAUCGAUUACUGGCGGUGACAGGGAAUGUGCAUAGCUAAUGGAGAGCGAGUGAUGCCGCGUUUACCAAA